AUGCCGGCCUUCACGAACAUCAUCCGCUCGGCGCCGGUGCAAGCGACGUCGACGUGCGGCGAGACGGCGGCCGGACCGGUCGAGCUGUGCGGCGUCGACGGCGUCUGUCGACUGUGCGACCCGGCCCGGCCGGACGGCCGCCAUUCGGCGGACCGGCUGACCGACGCCACCUCGCCGGACCGGCCGACCUGCUGGGCCUCGGACCGGGUGUCGCCAGGCCGGCCCGAGACCGGCGGUCUCUGGGCGAGCGCGGUCAACCUGACCAUUUCGUUGGGCAAACGCUUCGAGGUCUUCUACAUCUCCCUCCAGCCGUGCAGCAGCGCCGGCGCGCUGCCCGACGCCAUCGCCAUCUUCAAGUCGUCCGACCACGGCGCCGUCUGGACGGCCUGGCAGUACUUCUCGCACGACUGCCGACGCGCUUUCGGCAUGCCGACCACCAGCGAGCACAACACCCACAUCACGCCGGAGAACCUUCAGGAGGUCUUGUGCGUCGCCUUGAAGCCGCCGCCCGCCAUCGCCUGGCCGGCUCGAGCCCUGCGCCGACGCCACCUCUUCCAGCCGCGCCUUCGACACACUCGAGCCUCUCCGGCCAAUCAGACGACUGGACCACGUGGCCUUGACGACUACCUCUUGACGCCGGCAUCUGCUCUGGCCGGCGAGGCCGGCGAUUGGGUGGCCGCCUUCAGCACCACCAUCGGCCGGCCCUCGGUGCAGCCAUGGAGCCCGGCCCUCGUCGAUUGGAUGACCAUGACGGAUUUGAAGAUCAGCCUCAUCCGGUUCCCACGCGUCCGCGAGCCCCAAGCCCGUCACCUGCGCAGUCCGACCGAGUCGCCCGGCGACCAAAUCGACAGAUCUCGACGACCCAGUCGUCGGGUCGCCGCCGACUCCCGUCGUCUCUUGCCCGGCCCCGCCGGCCCGGCCGGCCCGACAGACGACAACGAACGUCUGCCGUCGUCCAGGGCGGACAAACAGUUGUUGCCGGGCUCCCUUGACGACGAGAAUGCGUCUGUUGUCAGGGCCGUCACCGGUCCGGCCUCGGAAGGCAGAAGGCUCAAGCGGCCGGAGCAGAUUGCUCGUCUCUACGCCGACGAGUAUUUCGCCUUCUCCGACAUUGCCGUGGGCGGCAGAUGCAAAUGCAACGGUCACUCGAACCGAUGCAUCCGAGACGUUGAGUCGGGCGGCAACCUGGCCUGCGCCUGUGAGCACAACACAGAAGGAGUCGACUGUGAGCGUUGCCGGCCCGGAUACGUCGACAGGCCCUGGGCCAGAGCGACGCUGCGAGACGCCAACGUUUGUGUCCGUAAGUUCGGCCCCAGGCCCGCCCGGUCAGCUGUACACCAUCUGACGUCGAUGGCAAAUUCACCUCUUUUACUCGAGCUCUAUUCACACAAUUUCGUUUAUGAUGACGAAAGAUAUUCAUCGAUGCCUAUGUCCAAAAUCACACGAAUAGGCCCAACAGCUCCGACAGACUGUCAACUUGUAGGCUUGAAGACCAGCCACUUAUAA